AACAAUGGAACGUGCAAGGAUCCUGAGAAAUUCAAUCCGCAUGGAGAUUUUUAUGUUGGUUCUCCUAACUGAUGGUGAUGAUAGUUUUCUGUUUCGCUUUGUUGCAUGAUGAAGGAAAAGGAUUAUUUCAAAAAACAAAUACGGGUAAUCAGUGUUUCGGAGUGGUUUUUAUUUUUUGUUGUUGUCAUACAUACAUCUUCAUCCUUUAGUUUUGUUCACGUCGCAUAACUCAAUAGAUACUGUGAUACAAUCAAUCUGAUUUCCUUCGGCAGUUGUAAUCUUUCUUGAUACAUCGUCCAUCCACAUCCUCCUGAAUUUUCAUGGUCAAAAGACGAAGUAGUUCUAGCUUUUAGCACUAAAUAUAUAAAGUUUGGAAAUAAAAUGCCACGAGGGGCCAAGGCACGUGGCCCACGGGUGCGCGGCAAGAAGUCGCCGACUGAAGCUGAUGAGGUAUCGGACUCGGAGAUGGGAACUGUCGAUCCCGAUGCUCUGGCCGGAGCUCCAUGGGAGGACCUUGCCGGUGGGGGCUCGAGCAGCGGGAAAAUAAAGAGCACCGCGUAUGAUGACGUCGGGGACAAAAAGAAAGCAGAGAAAGAGGCGAGGAAAAGGCUCGAAGAUCAAAGAGCUCGCCGAAAGAAGAAACUCGACGCUUUUCUCAAAUCGGGUGAUCCUGCGAGAGGUAAGAGAAAAUCAACUUUCUCAUGCUGGUAGAUAGGCGAUGAAUUCUCUAACCCGAGAAUGUUUUAACUCAACAUAGCUACAACCAUCACUAUUUCUCUGCGUCGUUAUGUUCGUGUUGGUUUUAGUUGCUCGUCGUCAUCGAUGAUACGAAAAUACCCAUAUAUAUACAGUGAGCAAGAUCCGCGAGGAAAUGCGUAGUAUUUUGCAAGCUAAGCUGAAAGCUAAGCGAGAGAAACAGGUCUACGAGGGGCCGGAAGUUGAAGAUCUGCUAUCACAGUCCGACGGUGACUCAGACGGCGAGUGGACUAAGGCUGAAGUGAGCACUAAAUCUUCUCGUAAUGGAAAGAAACAGCGAAAUAAAGUGAACGACGAUAAUGACGACAGUGAGGAAGAGGAAGAUUUGGACGAAAUAGAGCGGCGCGUCUUGUCCGGCGGAAGUACUAAAAGUAGUGCUAAGCGAAGUAGUGGAUCAUCAAGCUCCAGCAAAGGAGAGGAAGUAUCUUCGCGAGGCCUCUGUGGUGGACAGAUUUUUCAGAUUCUUCUUAUCGCCGUCGUCAUGGUUUUUCUCGGUGUUCUAAAAGCAGGCGAAGAGUCCUUCAACGUCGGGGACGGACCAAAACGAUCCAGUGACGAAGAAGAUUUCUACGCAAUACUAGGCGUCUCGAAGGGUGUCUCAGAAAUUGACCUGAAGAAAGGCUACAAGAAACUGGCACUCCGUUGGCAUCCGGACAAAAAUCUGAACUGCGAAGAGUGUGCCAACAAAUUCGCCAAGGUAAACUAAAGCUACUUCUACUUUUUUUACUAGCCUGGGGGGUGGGACGCUAUGGGCAAAAGCACACACUUUGGGGGUCUUGUUAAUAGCUAGUUAGUCUCAUUAUUUCUUCUUCAAGGCGAUAACGCGGAGCGGUCGACCACUUCGUGUUGCACUGCAUCUGGACCACUUCAGGCUCGAGUGCACCAUCUGGAACAACUAGGACAACUCUCUAUACCCUAUGUAUAAUUUAAAUUUUUACUAGCGACUCGCUGCGGCUAGCCUGAAAGCAUCACUAGAAACGCUUUUAUGAAAGUAUUCGUCAAGAACGCAAGCAGAUUGAUAAAUAUCGUUUCCAUUUCAUCGACCUUCCAAAUCAGAUUUCGCGUGCCUACGAGACUUUGGGCGAUAAAAGCAAGCGGCGCAUGUACGAUCAGACAUCUGCCGUGGACUUGGAGUCGCUCCCGUCCGCCGCUGUGACGCUGACAAAACAGAACUGGCGGGAGAAGGUGCUGGAUUCCAACGGCGUCUGGGUCAUUCAGACGUUCACGGAGGCGGACAAGAACUGUCGAAAUUUCCACCAACACUGGGAGGAGGUGGUGUCGAACAGCAAUCUAGCUGAAGCGGUCCAUUUCGGACGUGUGCAUGCUCACGAACAACAGGAGCUCAUCACGCAGUUGCCCAUUGCCGCUCGCGUGCACCCUGUUGUUUUUCUUUACGCUCCGUCACUGUCCGCAGAGGCAGUCCCCACGUUCGCGGCGCAGCGGGCGACUCCGGACAAGCUGCAGCGGUGGAUCACCUCUCACGUGCCCGUGAGCGCGCUGUUCCGCGUGCAGAGUUUAGCGGAUUUCCAGGCGUUUGUGGGCUCGCCGGGCAGCGAAGCCGCACCGUCGAAGCGCCGAAAGUUGCUGCUGACUAUGGUGGGAACGAAAAGGGCUUCUCUCGCACUGAAGCGAGCAGCCAUUCAGUGGAGCCGGCUCUUCCAAAUCGCGGUGGUCAAGGCCGAAGUGCUCAAGGCGGACGCGGACCUCGCGGACGCGGUGAAAGACUUGCUGCCCGCGAAAUCGGACGAUAGACAGUUGAACCUCCAGUUGCCGACAAUAGCGGUGCUGGGAACCGCAGAGGAAAACGGCGUGGAUGUGUCCUGGGUGGCGGAAAAAGUCGUCACCUUUCCGAAUACGGCCAUCAAAGCUGACUUGCUCGAUCGAGCCCUCUACAGCUUUCAGGCAGAGUUUUUGGCCCCGUAUCUGGACGUCACCAACGUGGAGUUGCUGUGUCGCAGCAAUUCGCAGUACCGUAUCUACUGCCUCGUCGAGGUGGACUCGGCACCGGCGUCGUUUCUGGGUGGACAGCACGCAGCGGAGAAAGACCAGCGCAUGGGCGAACUCCUGGCUCGUGAGCGCCGCGAAUACCUGCGGGAGGUGUAUGGCGCAACGGCUGCCGGAACGAUUGACGAUAUCUUUGCACGAGCCAAUUCCAAGACCACGCCAGGAGGACAGAAGCCGUCAACGAGUAAGGGAAAGAACGACGAUGAGGACGGAUCGUCUGAUGAGGAUAGUCUUAGCGCCGUUGCCGGUGGCGACGAAGAUGAUGUCUUCUUUAUCCAGCGCGCGAAGAUCAAUGUUGCUCCAGAUUCCUUCGCAGAAUGGGUUGCUGGCCGACCUCCGCGAGCCAAAUACGCAUUUACGGAAUUGCUCAACAAGUUCUUCUUUCCGUCUUCAUCCUCGGCAGAGGCUGGUGCUGAGCAAGAUGGUACUACGGACACCUCAUCGAGCUCAAGUCGUCGCUUUCUGCUCAUUGAUCUCGACGCCAAGCGCAUCAGAGGAUUCGCGGCUGCGACGGAGGCGGACGCUGAGAAGAGCGUGCAGGAACUCUACAUGCAGUUGGAGCAAGGGAGUUUGACUUUCGAGGACUUUUCUGAGUCUUUCCGUCUCGACGGUGGCUUUUUGUUUGCUCCCGGCGUCUCGUUGUUCCGCGAUGUCGUCGAAACGCUGAGGCAAUACUCAUACCUGGAUCUCGCACUGGUGUUCGCCGGUUUUCUCGUAGCUUAUUACGGCGCGACCCUGCUGGAUGUGCGACUGAACCGUCCGAAACUGAGUCUCUUCGUGGUCCUCUCGGCGAUGCUGGUGCUGCUCUGCUUUUUGUCGCCAGCCACGCGAGCGUCGUAUGUGGAUUUUGUGACAACGAUCACUGCGGAUACGAAAGCGAGCGCAAGACAGGCUUACCGGUUCUUGGAAAAUCUGGUCUUUGGCAGGGGAAACAUUCAAGCCAGCAAGCAUGUAGACGCUGAAAUUUAA